AUGAUGGUGUUCUUUGCUUAAGCAGGCAAAUAAAAAAUGUACUGCCACCCACCUUCAUUACACUUUCCUCAGACUUCAUUCAUUAACAAAGCCAUUUUGAAUUAAAUUCGUAAUGAUUAUCACCUUUCUUACCUCUGCUUCACGACGAAAACUUUGUCCUCCAUUGCGCCCACCACCUCCCUCCCCGCUCCUUAAAAACCUCAUUUCCUUUCUCUCACACCCAUCUCUCAAAUUUGAAAACUUGUUGUCUCUAUCUACCCUCUGAUUCCAGCUCAUUUCUCUGUUUUAGGCCCAUGGAUUCCUCUGCUCUGUUUCUCUUGUUCAUGCUCUGUAUUUCGUGUUCACCGUUUUCUGCAUCAGAAAUGCUUCUACUGCCUCUUAAACACUCCAUUUCCCCAACUCAAUUUAACAGUACUCACCACCUCCUCAAGUCCACCUCCACCCGCUCCGCCUCUCGCUUUCAUCACCAACGCCACCACCGCCAAGUCUCUCUUCCCUUGUCUCCCGGCAGUGAUUAUACUCUUUCCUUUAACCUGGGAUCUCACCCUCCUCAGCCCAUCACUCUUUACAUGGACACCGGAAGCGACCUUGUCUGGUUCCCUUGUGCUCCGUUUGAGUGCAUACUCUGUGAAGGGAAACCCAAUCCUUCACUCCACAUCAGACCACCCAACGUCUCCCGAAGCGUCGCCGUUUCAUGCAAAUCACCUGCAUGCUCGGCUGCUCAUACCUCUGCAUCCUCCUCUGAUCUCUGCGCAAUGGCUCGAUGCCCGUUAGAGAAUAUCGAGACCUCCGAUUGUUCUUCUUAUUCAUGCCCACCAUUUUACUACGCUUAUGCCGAUGGAAGCUUGAUCGCUCACCUCUAUCGCGAUACUUUAGCCGUCUCACCGUCCUCUGGUUCUCUGUUUCUGAAAAACUUUACAUUUGGGUGCGCUCACAUCACGCUUGGCGAACCCACAGGGGUCGCCGGCUUCGGCCGUGGCUUGCUUUCUUUGCCAGCACAGCUAGCCCGAUUCUCUCCUCAGCUGGGCAACCAGUUUUCUUACUGCUUGGUCUCUCAUUCAUUUGAUCAACAACGCGUUCGCCGUCCGAGCCCGCUCAUCAUCGGCCGUUCCGACGAGAAAGAGAAAAUAGAUAGUGAGGCCGGUGAAUUUGUGUACACAUCGAUGCUUGAAAAUCCCAAGCAUCCGUAUUUUUACUGCGUCGGACUCUUGGGAAUCUCCGUGGCGAAGAGAACAAUCCCUGCAUCGAAAAUGCUGAGCAGGGUGGAUGACGAGGGAAAUGGCGGUAUGGUGGUUGAUUCAGGCACGACGUUCACAAUGUUGCCGGCGAGUUUAUACAACUCAGUGGUGGCCGAGUUCGACCGCCGAGUCGGUCGAGUUCACGAGCGUGCGGGUGAGGUCGAGGACAAAACAGGGCUCGCGCCGUGCUAUUACUUGGAGAAGAAGACACUGGAAGUCCCGAGCGUGACGAUGCAUUUUGUGGGGAACAAUUCCAGUGUGGUGCUGCCUAGGAAGAACUACUUCUACGAGUUUUUGGACGGUGGCGCUGGAGUGAGGGAGAAAAGGAGGGUGGGAUGCUUGAUGCUGAUGAACGGUGGAGAUGAGGCGGAAUCAGGCGGCGGACCAGCGGCCACGCUGGGGAAUUACCAACAGCAAGGCUUUGAAGUCGUGUAUGAUCUAGAAAAUCAGCGCGUUGGUUUCGCUAGAAGGCAAUGCGCGUCGCUCUGGGACAAGCUCAACUCCAACUAGCUAGCGUGCGCGGCAGACAUGGAAUUCCGGCUCCCUGGGGUCAUAUGAAAAUGGGCCAAACUUAAUUGGCAAGGUGGGCUUAAGGAUUGCACUUAAGACGGGUUUAAACCUCAUGUCUUGCUUCCGGUAUUCUUUUCCUGUAAAUACGCAAAUUAAUAGGGCACUCUUUAUGGAACAAUAGAUGCAGGAGGCAAAAAGUGACGUGUGCAUAGUUCAAAAGUCGUGUUGUUUCAUUAGAACUAUUGUAUUGUAAGUCGGCGUAAAUAAUUGAGUGAAAUAGUGAAUGAUAAGCUACGUUAAUUUGAAACACAA